UACAAAGAACUUUUUUCAUUUUUAAUUUUCUCAAUUUUAGAGGGAAAAGGCCCAACAACCCGCCCAAAAGAAACAAGAUUAAGAUUUCCGGGUUUUAAAACCCUGUUGUGUUUUUGACAUUCUCAAUUUUCACUUGAAGAAAAACAAAGCCAUUGAUGGAGUCAUCAGCUCCAACUUCCUCUACAGGAGCCCUAUUGAAUGUCUUAACCAACAGAGGUUGGUUUUUUAAUGAUCUCACUCAAAUUCGACCUAUUAUCGCUAUACAUUCUGCCAUUCAUGGCGAUUCCUUCACUAUCGAAUCCCUAGAAUCCGAGCUUUGUAAUCUUGACUUACGUUCUAUUGGCGGGAAAUCAUUACCAGAUUCUUCUAUUCUUCGGAAGGCAUCUCAGUUUCUUCAGCCUCCUAAAGUUCUUCAAAUUGCUUCAGUGCAGGAUAUAAGUAGGAGCAGUGAGGUUGAUGUGAACAAGAGUUCGAGUAAACGAAGGCUCCUAAAGAUUGUUUUGAGUGAUGGACAAUCGGAAGUUACAGCCGUUGAAUACUCUCCUAUCCCCUCGUUGUCCGAUAAUGUCGUUCCUGGAACUAAGGUCCGGAUAGAAAAGAAACUGGUGGUUCGAUAUGGAAUUGUUUGCCUUACAUCAGAUGUGAUAACUGUCCUGGGAGGAGUUGUGGAAUCUUUGUAUGAAGAGUGGCAGAUGAAUCAGAAGUAUGCAGGUUUCUCCCGAUCCUCUAUCAAGCUAGGUCUAGACAAUGAUGCUUCUGGUCCCCCACCUUUUGAGAAAUUGCAGAUUGGAGGGACUAAAUCUGGUUAUGCUCUCAAUGUCCCCAGGAACAACAGAUCUGGUGCUGCUAAAUCAUCUAGAGAAGCUGAUAUCCGACAGUUGGAUCAAAAGCAAGCUUCAAUUACUAAAGCUGGUGUAAAUGCUAAUCUGAAGAUUGAUUUAAGUUCUCAUAGAGCUGAAGAAAAUCCAAGUAGCUCUGAUAAUAGACCAAAAGAAGUGGCAGAGUACAUUCCUAUUCAGAAUCAAGCUGCUGCACAAAAACUCCUGCAAAAGAUGAAUGCCCCAAACAAGAAUGAAAGGUACAGAGGAUCAAGGUACAAGGGGAAGGGGGCACAAGAAGAGAAACAAGUUUUCACUCUUGAAGAGUGGGAAAGGAGAAAAGCAGGAGGAAUUCCUACUGCUAGAGAAGAGCCUCUUGAUAUCACUCAUGAUGAGUAUCUUGCUAGGCAACUUCAAAACCAGUUUAAUUUGGAAGUUCAUCAGGAACAAUGGGAUCCUCAGAGGGAUGAGGCAGAAAACAUAAGGAUGAACAUGUUUACUUUUGAAAGAGAUGAUAAUGAAUUCCACGGAUCUGGAUUCAGAGGAAGGGGCAGAGGGAGAGGGAGGGGAAGAGGAAGAGGAGGGGGCCGAGGGAGAGGGAGAGGGAGAGGUAGAGGCUAAUGCAACGAAGCUUUCAUGUUUCACACAAAUCACGUUCUAAGGAAUCGACCGACAUUCCAACAAAACUGUAGCAGCUGAUCCGAAAUUUCAAUCAAAGAAUGUGAUGGAUAGGUAGGCUUCAAUGACGCACUUAAAUCAAUCAAGACCUAUCCACUCUUAGAACAAACUGUACAUGUAUAACAUAUUUUGAUCAGUUUUUCAAUUUUCUUUGUUUUAAAUGAGAGAUCAAACCAUUUUUUAUCGGAAUGAAAGUUGUGUUUUGUUCCAA